AUGACCGACGAUGAAUCAGAUAUAGAAAACAUGGAUAUAGUAGCGGACUACGAGGAUAAUCCAGACUCCUCUGGGGUGGGAUAUAUGAGUCCUCCUCUCAGCCGUUUGACCCUGGAAAGUGAUUUAAACUACUCCAUUUACCGAUUAACGGUGGCACUUUGUGAUCCAUUGCAACAGCCACCUGAUAACGACAAGCAGGUAUUAAGUCUUGACUUUCUCGCAGAUAUACUUAUACCUUUAUCAUACCAUGAAGUAUCGCAAAAGCCCCAUUUUCUUUUUGAAACAAGCAGUGUACAUCUCAUUAAAUUCACGCUAUCAACCAUAUAUUUCCGGUUAUAUUGUGCUCUUCAAGAGACAUUGAACACAGACGACGAACUCAAAUUGCGACACGUCGAUAACUCGCCGGAUCAUUGGUUCGAAAAUUUGCAUUAUUGGGUCCCUUCGAAAGAAGUUCAGCUGCGACCUCGCCAAUUCAAGGUAUACUACUCCAUGUCAUGUUUACUACUCGUGGCAAUUUACAAGCUAUUUGCUCCGGAAUCGCCCAAAGAGCCUUAUAAUUUGACCAAAAACCCAUAUCUUUUCCAUCUUGUUCGAUCGUGGAAGUGCCAUACCAAUGUCAUAUUACUCGCAUUGGAAAUCGACCGACGAAUCGAACUUCAGAACGAAGAAGAAGAUUCAGACGAAAACCAGACCCCAGAGAUAAUAUACAAUGUGCUAGAAGGGUCAAGCGCUGUUAGAAGCGUACUUGCAUGGAUUCUCAACCAGAAUCCCUCCGUCGAUAUACCAGAUACUAAUCUGGACUUGGAGACCAUAGAAGAUCCUGACGUCGACUGGUCAUAUGAUAUCAAAGAACUUCCAUUGUUGGAGUUCGUACUUCCGUUGAGUCGACGUAGGGCCAAUUGUGGAGCACUUCGGGUUGAUAUGAGACUUAUUGUCAUUGCAUUAAUCAUCAUUAGAAGUGGCUCACAUGUUGUUUCCACUUCGAACCAGUCCUCAAAACCACCGGUAUCAUAUUCAUAUCGAAAGCAAGCUCAACAAGAUGCAAUCAGUUCUGUUGGUGAUUUGUUGGUAGACUUGGAAUACGAUGAUAGAUUUGAUGAGGAUAUCCGCUACGUUUUCGAGUUUGAACUAGAUGGUUUCCAGGAUGAGGACGAGAAACAAGGAAUCGAUGAUUCCCAAUUGGAGCCAGUUGCAAUUGGUGAUAACAUGGAAUACACACCCGCUUUUCUAGAGGUGAUCAAGUCGUUCGAAAGUGCAACGGAAGAAGAUAAACGCAAAUAUAUUUUCGAUGAUGUCACGGAACUCGGGUACUACUUGAAAUUUGUCAUUUUGAAAACGCUGUCCUCGUCAAAGGCUCAAGAUCUGCCAUGGGACCAAGUGCUUCUAAACUCGAUAGCAUACGCAAAACAUGCUGCGUCGGAGACUCAUUUUUACCUUUAUCCAGGUAUAGUGCUAGGAUUUUUGAAGAUGCCAGCCUCGAUAGAAGAUAUAGAAGAGUGUCGCAAGAAGAACCUCUUUCUACUCCCAAUUUCUCCCAUUACAAACUUUGAGUUGUUCCUCAAAAAUAAUACUCAACUCGCACGCAGUGUGUUGGAUGAGCUAAUGAUGUUCCCUUAUACCCGCAGCAAGACGCUUAACUUGUUAUCGAAAGAGCAAAACUUGAACCCUCUUAUGAUCGACUACGUUUAUGAGCUCGUUUCCGGACUUCGUGGUCGUCAAGAACAUAGUGCAUACACCUUCAGUCGUUUAGGUGGUAAAGUCAUUUUGGACGAACGAGAGAUACAGCUUUUUUUGCAUAACUUUCUCACUCGAUGUAGCGAGUAUUUUGCUGCCGUGGAUGGGUUUGAAGAUCUUGACGGCAAUCGUGUUAUACUCCCAGAAUCAGUAGCAAAGAAAACCAUGCUGUUGUUGUGCCUUAUGAUCAACCGAUUGGUAGCACAAGGAAUCAUUGCACUAGGAAGUGAUGGACCUUUUACUUUCAAUACGGAACUUCGGGGAUUGCUAAUUGGCUGGAUAGGAAGAGUCAAGGAAGCUAGAACGCUCUAUUUCGAAAUCAGCUCUGCUUUAUAUGACGAUGCAAGAGACGGUAUACGAGAACAAGCAAAUGGAUUUGAAGACGAAACUCGUGAAAAAGUUGAAGAACCACCCACUAAAGCCCGAAACUACGGUAUUUCGGAAUCCACAAUGGCCAAAAUCGAGUCAUGGGAAUCCAGUGCUGAGACCGUUGCUAUCGUCAACACCUCUAAAGCUAUCCGCGACGAAUUCGAUAAUUAUGUUGGUCGUUUGAAAGAGUAUAUCGCAUCGAUCGUAUGGGUAUCGGAGGUUCGCUCGAGCAUUCCUGCCGACAUCGUUGCUGGGGAUCUCAGGUUUUAUCUUGACAACUUUAACGUACUCUGUAAAGUGGACUACUUUGCUGGUGCCAUGUUUGAGGUGUUUGAAUCAUGUGUAAGUUCUGAGCCACGGUUGGGGGAAAGCGAAUUUAGUGAGGCUUUCAUAAAUGGCGAGACAGAGUUUAAGGAUGGUAAGAAGAAAAAGAAGAAGAAAAAGAGCAAGAAGAAGAAGUAG